GGGAAAGAAUGCGGAGCCGGGUUCACACACCCCGCGGCGGCGAGGCCUUAAAUAGGGGAGCGGCCUGAAGCGCGCGCGGGCCUGGGGACGGGGCCCGCCCGAGGGUCUCGGAUCGCCGCGCGCUCGCCGCUCGCCCGCGGUCCCCGGCGGCGCGCUCCAGCCGGCACGGGGAGGUGCGGGGCGCACCAUGGCCGCAGACACGCCGGGGAAGCCGAGCGCCUCGCCGAUGGCAGGAGCGCCGGCCAGCGCCAGCCGGACCCCAGACAAGCCCCGGAGCGCGGCCGAGCACCGCAAGUCCUCCAAGCCGGUCAUGGAGAAGCGGCGCCGGGCGCGCAUUAACGAGAGUCUCGCUCAGCUCAAAACCCUCAUCCUGGACGCCCUCAGAAAAGAGAGCUCCCGCCACUCGAAGCUGGAGAAGGCGGACAUCCUGGAGAUGACCGUGAGACACCUGCGGAGCCUGCGUCGCGUGCAGGUGACGGCCGCGCUCAGCGCCGACCCCGCCGUCCUGGGCAAGUACCGCGCCGGCUUCCACGAGUGUCUGGCGGAGGUGAACCGCUUCCUGGCCGACUGCGAGGGCGUCCCGGCCGACGUGCGCUCCCGCCUGCUGGGCCACCUGGCAGCCUGCCUGCGCCAGCUGGGGCCCUCCCGCCGCCCGGCCUCGCUGCCCCCGGCUGCCCCCGCAGAGGCCCCUGCGCCCGAGGUCUACGCGGGCCGCCCGCUGCUGCCGUCGCUCGGCGGCCCCUUCCCCCUGCUCGCGCCGCCGCUGCUGCCAGGCCUGACCGGGGCGCUGCCCGCCGCCCCCAGGGCAGGGCCGCAGGGCCAGGGCGGACCCUGGAGGCCGUGGCUGCGCUGAGGCUGCGGCCCUGGGACUGCAUCGGAGGCGGCGCCCCGUUCUAGGGCCGCGGCCUUUGCCGAGACUGUAGCAGAGAAUACGUAUUUAUUAUUCCAGAGGCCGCGUCACUAGUUUUCCUUCUCCGUCUUGGUGAAGAGUCGACUUUGGCAGCGACCCGCAGCCACGCCGCGCCGGGGUCCCGCCCUCCUCCCAGGGCCGCUGGCCGCAGGUGGCUGGGGGUGUCGGGCGGACCCGGGGGGCGGCUGGGGGCGGGACCGAGGGCAACCCCUCGGCUCCGCGCCCUCCCCUUCCCUCCGCAGCCUCCCUCCCCUCCGCACCCCUGCAGCCCCGCCCGCGCACGCGCCCUCUGCCCUCGCGUGGGGUUUGCCUCGCUCUGCCGUGGCGGUUGUGAGGGUUCCCCCCGGAGGCCCGGAUGGGAAGCUGAAUGUCCCUGAGUGCCCGGAACCUUCCCAGUGCUGGAAGGCGGUCGCGCAGCAUCGCCAGGCAAGUUACUUUCUAGAGGCCCCUUUCCCGCCUCCCGGUCCCGGACCGCGGAAGGCGGAGGCUGCGGUCCGGGGCCGCGCUGGGGUGAGGGCGGCCGCCCUUGGCCCUGAAGACCCGCGCUGGGUUCCCCUGUUAGGUGCACAGCUGCCCGUGCCCACCGCGGACCCCUCCCCCGGGUGGCUGUGCGGGGAGGGCCCGACCGGAGCGCGCGCGGGUCCGAGCUGGGCUGCGGACACUGAGUGCGGGGCCGAGGACAUCGCUCACGAGGGCGUGGGCCCAGCCCCGGUAAGGGAGGUUCCGCCUCCCCAGUGGAUGAGGACUGGGGGCUCCUCCCUCAUAGCCCUGAGCACGUGCCGCUGUCGACCACCGAGUUAACCAGGCAGCGCCGGACGUACCCUGAACCACCAAGGCGGUCGCCAUCCCGGGUCCUGUGUUCGGGGAGGGGGGCUCGGCGCAGUUCCAGGCACUCAGCCGAGGCAGAGGGUCCCUCUGAGCCACGCCGAGGGCCAUUUCCCAACUGGGGCUGAGUUCACCGGGGCCCACGGGAGGCGAGUGAGCCGUCCCACCAGCGCUGGCCCUCCAAGGCUCCAGUCUGUGCCUCCAUCAGGAGCCCCCUGGGCCCUCCAGGACACAGCCGUGCGCAGCUUGCAGGAGCCUCGCAGUCCGGCCACCCCUGGCCCCUGGCUGCCCUGCCCCCUCCCUGAGCUCUGAGGGCCAGUGACCCUGGGCGGAGGCAGCGUUGGGCUGGGGGCCGCACCCUUGGUCCCACCAGCAGUCCUACCCCGGGGGUCCUAGUCCCAGAGGAGCCUCAAAGUAGCCCUUCUCCUCGGGAGCUUCAGACCCUGUGAGGGAGGCCUCCUCAGCAAGGGGAAGGGACAGUCUUCUUGGGGGCAGGUGGAAGCUCAGCGUGGCCAGGGGAGGGGAGCUGCUCAGAGAAGGCAUCAGUGCACAAGGGGAGGGAGGGCCUGGGGCAGCGAAGCUGGGAGUGUGGGGAGGAGCUCAGGGGCAGUUGGGGCACCCUGCAAAGUCACCCAGGCUGUGGGUCCUAAGAGGGCAGGACAUCUCUCCACCAGGCCCUGGCCUCGAAUGCCCUCUCCACUGUGGCUAAAGGGCCCUUCGUAGCUGCCCAGGGACCACUCCGGCUCUGGGGGAAUCAGUGGGGAGGCCCUUCGCACUCUGGGUCCCUCUGUGCUCCGCACCACCCGGCCCCGGCUUCUCCCCCGACUUUCCUCCUAACCUGUCCCAUCUGCCGCAGGCUUGGUGGUGUAUCAUCCGGGCCCAGCUGGAUGGGGCUCCAGAGGGCGAGGGCCGUAUGUCCGGAAGCUCUGUCCUCAGCACCCAAAACACGGAAAUGGACCCACAGGGCCCUAAUCCGUCCAUUUGAAUGACAGAGCUGGGAAGUUUGGGUUAGACUAAGGAGGUCUCAGGAAACACAGCCUGAGGGGCCGGACUGGACGGGCAACAUAGGGGCUGUCCUGGGCUACCCCUCAGGCUGCCCCCUUCUCAGAGCCCCCCGCCAUGGCCUCCGGGAGCCAGCCUCUGCCUACACCCAGCCAGGACGCCCGCCACAACCUGCGUCCUGUGGCCCCAGACGGGGAGUGCCCCCUCACGCAGAAGUCCUUUUUGCCUUCCCCACCAUCCAGACGUUUCCUGCCCCUCCCCGCCUCAGGUAGUGGCCGCUGCGCAGCUGGGAUCUGGCCCAGUUCCCCGCCCCUGACCCUCCCCAACGAUUUUUAUCUUGGCUUUUGGUUUUUUGCUGAAUAAUAGAUGAAAGUCAUCUUCUCGGUGGAGCGGGUGUGGCUGGUGGCCCCUGGUCACUUCCAGUUCAUCUCCCACUGCCUCCUUGAUGAAGACCGAGGGUCAAUAAAUGUUUGCUGAAUUCCUUUG